AUGAAUAAAAAAAAUCAAAAUCCAAUUGCUCAUUUAACUUCUGGUGCACUAUCAGGUUUUGCUUCUUGUGUAUUAUUACAGCCUUUUGAUUUAGUUAAAACCAGGCUUCAACAAUAUUCUCUUAAAAAUCCACAAAUUAUUAAAAAUGCUACUUCUUCUUACAAUAGUAAUAGCGUCCUUUUAAAUACUGUAAUAAAUAUAAUCCGUCAAGAUUCGGUGAUAGGCUUAUGGCGAGGAACUAUUCCAACAAUUAUAAGAAAUGUCCCUGGAACUUCAUUGUAUUUCCUUACAUUAUCAGAAGUUCGUUAUUUGUUAUCAAAAAGUCAACAAAGUCGACAAUUUAAUCAACAACAUAAUGCUGUUGACAGUUAUGGGAGUGGCAAAAUGUCAUCUACUGGAUCAUCAUUGCCUAUUUUGUCAAAUAGAGAUAACAUGAUUGCUGGCAUGUUUGCCAGAGGUUCUGUUGGAUUUGUAAUGAUGCCAAUCACUGUAAUCAAAAUUAGGUAUGAGAGUAAUCUUUAUGCUUAUAAGAGUGUAUUGGGUGCAUUUACUUCUAUUGUGAAGAAUGAAGGAAUAAAAGGUUUAUUUUAUGGAUCUGGUUCAACAGUAAUAAGAGAUGCUCCAUAUUCAGGAUUAUAUGUUUUAUUUUAUGAAAGAUGUAAAUUAUUGAUAGCUAACGUAUCAUCCUUAUCAUCCAUAAAUAUACCAAAACCUACAAUCCAUAUGACAUCUGCAAUUAUAGCAGGAUUAUCAGCAACAAUGAUAACACAUCCGUUUGACAUGUUAAAAACUCGUUUACAAUUAAAACCAAUCGAAUACAAAAAUUUGUUUUACGGAGCCAAUAAAAUUAUAAGAGAAGAAGGAUUUCUGAGAUUAUUUGACGGGAUGAGCCUUAGAUUAAGCAAGAAAACUGUACAGGCUGUUAUUAAUUGGACAUUAUAUGAAUCGCUUAUUAAUUGGUUCUAUGAAAGAAAAAUAGAUGAAUAA